AUGGCUUCUCGUCAGGACCAAGCUAGCUACCACGCCGGUGAGGCCAAGGCCCGCGCCGAGGAGAAGACGGGGCACAUGAUGGGCGCGGCGCAGGAGAAGGCGAGGGAGGCCAAGGACACGGCCUCCGACGCCGCGGGCCGCGCCAUGGACCGGGGCGGCGACGCCAAGGAGGCGACCAAGGAGAAGGCCUACGAGGCCAAGGACGCGGCGUCGGACGCCACGGGCCGCGCCAUGGACAAGGGCCGCGGUGCAGCGGAGGCCACCAAGGAGAAGGGCUGCGAGGCCAAGGACAAGGCGGCCGGGACCGCGCAGCAGACCGGGAGCUACAUCGGGCAGACGGCCGAGGCGGCCAAGCAGAAGGCGGCCGGCGCCGCGCAGUAUACCGUGGACACCGCGCGCGCGGGCGCGGAGCAGACUGGGAGCUACGUCGCGCAGACCGCCGAGGUUGCCAAGCAGAAGGCCGGCGCCGUGGCGCAGUACGCCGUGGAUACUGCCGUCGCCGGCAAGGACAAGACUGGCAGCCUCCUCGUGCAGGCAGGGGAGACGGUGAAGGGCGCGGCGGUGGGGGCCAAGGACGCGGUGAUGAACACGAUCGGAAUGGGCGGCGACACCACAAACGGCAGCGCCAACGUCCCAGCCAAGGACACGAGCACUUACAAGCCUGCCACUCGGGAUUACUAA